GCCUCGUCGCUUUUGUCCCCCACCCUCGCCCUGGCCGGGGUGUUGUAGGUGUGAAGCCGGCAAGUGGUUUGUCAGCCGCUUUGGCUUUUGGCUCCCGCAGCCUUGAGCUUUAGAGCACGUUUGUCGCUGGGAGUGGCUGGGACGGGAAGGCCGUGUCUCUUUCCCUGGGCGCUGCCGUAGCAGGUGCGUGACAGCCCGGGUGCCCCAUCUCUGCCCGCCCCCGGGGUGCCCUGAGCGCAGCCCCCUGCCAGCCCCUUUCAGACGCAGGAGCCUUUGAUCAACAGAGGCCCCUCUCCGGCCCACGGCCACCUCGCUUUCCGGGGAAGGUUCCACCAGAGAACAGCGGCUCCUUUCUUUGCUUUCUUUUCCUCUUCCUCCGGGGCCGAAAAUAGCGCCUGAAUGGGACCGGCUCUGGGCCGGCAGCGAGACAAUAGCUGCCUCCUGGCUCUGGUCCAUCGCAGGGGUGGGGCGUUGCAGAGGGACCACACUCCCCCCACCCGCACCGCCAGGCCCCUGCAGCCUUUCCCAUGGCCUCUGCCAGAAACCGUCCCCAAGCCCCUGCAAGGCCUUGGGGCGUGAUGGCCCGUGGGCUUCCCCUGUUGCGUGUGGGCAAGUGCUCACAGCUGGUUGACUGAGACCCGGGCCCCUGCACCCCUGAGGAGUCCGGCCCUGUCUGCUGGCCCCGCUGUUAGUCUGUAGCCAAAACCCUCUCCGGGGACCCUGGCCCCCGGCUCUCUCUGGUGCCCCGUCUGGCACAUGGAGGACACCUCAUGGUUUUGAUGUCCUCUUCUCUUUGACUCAGUGGGUAUGAAGGACUUUUUAGAAAUCAAAGGAAUGUGUCCUCUUGGGAGGAAGUGAGCUCCCUGUCACUGGAGGUAAUCAAAUAAAGUUUGUGCACUGGGAAACUGGGGGACGUGGAGGAUUAGUCAAGCAUCAGAUGGACAUUUGAUCUUGAUGCCUUCACAUCUCAGAGGAGAUCUCUGUUUGAAUUUCAUACUCCUCCCUUCCCAGCUGGGUGGCCUUGAGCAAGUCGAGUCACCUCCCUGGGCCUCUGUUUGCCUGUCUGCAAGCUGGGUCCACAGGGCUAACUUUGCAGAGCGGUGGGGACGGAUGUCUAAGGUGCCCAGUGUGGUGCCUGGCUCCUGGGAAGGGUUUCAAAGGUUGGUCUCUGUGUCCCUCCCUCCCCGGACUGGCAGGGAGAGUCUGAGCCACUUCUGGCCCCCGGGGAGCUCUGGAGGAAACUGCCGGGAGGAGCCUGCAGCCCCAGGGCUAACUCAGGAGGGGGAUUCUUGAUGGACUGUGGCAAUCUGGGAAGGCUUUCUGGAGGAGGAAUUUUUAGGGAAGUAUGAUGCACACGUUGUGCUCUCGACAGCCAGUGGUGGGAGUUAAGGAGUGUCCAGCCCGGCAGCGUGAGGCCAAGGCCACAGUCUGACAGCCGCCAGAGGCCAAAUCCAGCUACCAGCAGGCAGAACCUGGCCACGGGGGCGGCUCCUACUGGGUUCGGAAGAGAUGUGGUUUUAAAGUCAAUGAAAUUUGCAUGAAAUCGCAUGAAUUUGCAUGAAUUUGCGAAUUUCAUGUAAAAAUCUAUGGCUCUGCUUCUCUUGAGAAACUGGAAGCUCUGGCUCUGUGAGGUCCCUUCCAGACAGGCAGGUGUCCCCAUUGCGCCCCACAACCUGCUGUCCUGAACCCUGCCCUUCCUCCCGCCAGCUCCCCGCCUGGACGGGCGGCGUCCGAGUGGAAGGACUUGGGUGCAGCACAAGUUAGGGAGUCGCGCCGCGAUGCUGGGUCGGAGCCCAGCAGUGACUUAGUCCCUGCAGCUGCCAACGGUUGCCAGGGCAACGGUUGCCAGGGGCUGCUGUCACCUGCGCCCCUUCUCCCGCGCUGGCUGGCGCUGGCUGGAGGCUGAGGCUUCUCAGCUUAUCUUCCCCGGCUGCCCCCUUUGUUUGAGGCUCCGUUGAGGGGGUGGCGGCUGGGGUGGCCCAGCUUCAAAGUCCCCUCCGUCUCCUCGGACUCGGACUCGGGGAAGACCGCCCCGACGCCCCAGGGCUGCUGCCUGCGAGCAAGGAGAGCCCUUUGCUCAGCCACUCGCGCUCUUUACGUGUCUGUCGUGCACUUUGUGCCACCAAGGAGGCGUCCAGGUGGCGACUCCUCGGUGUGACUCGGUGGGACGAAGAUGGCCGCCCACGUGCUGCUCCUGCCCGCGCUGCUCCUCCUGGUCCCAGGUGCGCGCGGCGCGGCCCCGCGGGAGGACUUCCGCUUCUGCGGCCAGCGCAACCAGACGCAGCGCAGCGCCCUGGUGUACGAGCGCGCGCCCGGGCUGCACAUCUCCGUGGAGAACUCCGAGGGGGCGCUCACCGUCCGAGCCCCCUUCCCCGCCGCCCACCCGGCGCCCAGAACCUUCCCCGAGCCCAGGGGCGUGUACCACUUCUGCCUCUACUGGAGCCGGCACGCGGGGAGGCUGCACCUGCGCUACGGCAGGAGCGACUUCCCGCUGAGCGACCGCGCCUCGGGCCUGCUCUGCCUGCGGGGCCAGGAGAGCCGCGCGCACGGCCCGCCGCUGCUUGCCACCUCCUUCAGCUCCUGGGAGAGCCCGCGCAACGCCAGCCUGCCCGGCGCCGCCGGCUUCACCUUCUCCUUCCACAGCCCCGCGCACAGGGCGUCUCUCAACGCCUCCCCCGACCUGUGCGAGCUGAAGAGGGACCUGCGGCUGCUCAGCGAGCUCCUGAGGCGUCCCCGCAAGUCCCCGAGGAGGCCCCCGGCCGUCCCCGCCAGCCGGCAGCUGCAGAGCCUGGAGUCGAAGCUGACGGCGGUGCCAUUCGCCGGGGACACGGUGUCCUUCGAGGAGGACGGGAUCAAUGCCACUGUGUGGAAGCUGCGGCCUGCGGCCGGCCUCGGGGACCUGCACAUCCAGUCGGGGAAGGAGGAGGCGCAGAGCGAGGUGCUGGAGUACUCGGUGCUGCUGCCGCGCACGCUGUUCCAGGGGAGCAGAGGCCGCAGGGGCGAGGCGGAGAAGCGACUCCUCCUGGUGGACUUCAGCAGCCAGGCCCUGUUCCAGGACAAGAACUCCAGCCAAGUCUUGGGCGAGAAGGUCUUGGGGAUCGUCGUGCAGGACACCAGAGUGGCCAACCUCUCAGAGCCCGUGGUGCUCACGUUCCAGCACCAGCCACAGCCGAAGAACGUGACUCUGCAGUGUGUGUUCUGGGUUGAGGACCCGACACCGGGCGGCCCGGGGAGCUGGAGCAGCGCCGGGUGCGAGACCGUCAGGAGACAGACCCAGACGUCCUGCCUGUGCGACCACCUGACCUACUUCGCGGUGCUGAUGGUGUCCUCCGUGGAGGUGGGCGCCGUGCACAAGCACUACCUGAGCGUGCUGUCCUACGUGGGCUGCGUGGUCUCGGCUCUGGCCUGCGUGCUCACCAUCGCCGCCUACUUCUGCUCCAGGGUGCCCGUGCCGUGCAGGAGGAAGCCCCGGGAUUACACGAUCAAGGUGCACAUGAACCUGCUGCUGGCCGUGUUCCUGCUGGACGUGAGCUUCCUGCUCAGCGAGCCGGUGGCGCUCACGGGCUCCGCGGCCGGCUGCCGCGCCAGUGCCAUCUUCCUGCACGCCUCGCUGCUCGCCUGCCUGUCCUGGAUGGGGCUGGAGGGCUACAACCUCUACCGCCUCGUGGUCGAGGUCUUCGGCACCUACGUCCCCGGCUACCUGCUCAAGCUGAGCGCCGUGGGCUGGGGCUUCCCCAUCUUCCUGGUGACGCUGGUGGCACUGGUGGACGUGGACAACUACGGCCCCAUCAUCCUGGCUGUGCACAGGACUCCAGAGAGCGUCAGCUACCCCUCCAUGUGCUGGAUCCGGGACUCCCUGGUGAGCUACGUCACCAACCUGGGCCUCUUCAGCCUGGUGUUCCUGUUCAACCUGGCCAUGCUGGGCACCAUGGUGGUGCAGGUCCUGCGGCUGCGCCCGCACGCCCAGAAGUGGGCCCACGUGCUGACGCUGCUGGGCCUCAGCCUGGUCCUCGGCCUGCCCUGGGCCCUGGUCUUCUUCUCCUUCGCUUCCGGCACUUUCCAGCUUGCCAUCCUCUACCUCUUCAGCAUCAUCACCUCCUUCCAAGGCUUCCUCAUCUUCCUCUGGUACUGGUCCAUGCGGCUGCAGGCCCGGGGCGGCCCGUGCCCUCUGAAGGGCAGCUCGGACAGCGCCAGGCUGCCCAUCAGCUCGGGCAGCACCUCGUCCAGCCGCACCUAGGCCGCCGGCGCGGGACGCGGAGACGCGGCCGCCCCACGCUGCCUGCGGCCCCAGCCCGCCCGGCCAGCCCAGGGUCAGCCGGGGACUUGAACGAGCUCGAGGACCCUGGAGGGAUGGGGCUGUCGUCAUGGCGACUGGCCUCCCAGGCUGGGACCUUCUGAGCUGGCCUUGGAUGCAACUCGGCUGUCUGUCGGAUCCAGCUCCCGCGGGACGCAGGAGCGCUGCCUCGCUGGCUGCGGGGCUGUCCCCACAGCCGUCCGACCCGGGCCUUUCCUCACCGCCCUGACCCCAGCGCUCACAGCUGGGGUCAGGCCUCAGAUCUGGGGGCCUGGCAUGUGCUUAGCCCGCGCCCCUGCCAGGACAGAAGUGUGACUCUAGACCAGGGCUCCUCAAACUUUCUAAAUGGGGCCAGUUCCCUGUCCCUCAGACCGCUGGAGGGCCGUGGGAGAGUGCGACGCCCGUUCCACACGCCACUGUGGGCGGGGCCAGUCGCUGCCAAGCAGGACAGGCAGCGGCGGCGGGCUGCGUGUGGCCCGCGGGCCGUAGUUCGAGGACGCCUGCCCUAGAUGCUCUAUUUCUGGUGAUCACCUGCAGACACUCCGCAGCUCCUGUUGUUUUCACCUAAGGGUGGCACCUGGGGCCAAUGGGGCUCGCAGCAGAGCUUGGGGACCAGCGCCUGGAGGAGGAGAGGCCCCUCCCCGGAGCAGAGAGCAGCUCGCCUACCUCGGAGCCCCAGGCCCUCUCCCUCCACCGGCCUCCCCUCCCUCCACCGGCCUCCCCUCCCUCCACCGGCCUC